UAGAAGAGAAGAUGGGUUUAAGGUUUUUAUGAUCGGUUUUGUGGGAAUUAUUAUCCAGAUAGAAAGAGUCUAGGUUUUGGUUUGUUGUGUUAUAUAGUUUUGUGGUCAAUGAAGAAGAUGAUUGGGAGUCCAGGAACAGUGAGUGGGCUGAUGUUGAGGUUAGGGCAGUGUGCGACUGCUGCUGCUUCCAUCGGUGUUAUGGUCUCUGCUCCUGGCUUCUCUAGCUACACUGCUUUCUGCUUCUUAGUUGCAUCUAUGGGUCUUCAAAUGAUUUGGAGUUUGGGACUUGCGUGUCUUGACGUAUAUGCGAUAAGGCGAAGAAGCGAUUUACAAAGCCCCAUCUUAUUGAGCCUCUUCGCAGUUGGUGAUUGGGUCACGGCACUUCUCUCCCUUGCGGCUGCGUGUUCAUCUGGAGGAGUUACGGUUUUAUUCACAAAAGACACAUUAUUUUGCAAGCAGGCCUCCCUCUCUUGCAAUUGGUUUCAGAUUUCUGUCGGUUUAGCUUUCUUCAAUUGGGGUUUAGCUGCUAUAUCGUCUCAUGCAAUGUUUUGGAUCUUGAUAUGACAUUGAACACACCCACCUCCGUCACUUUUAGAUAUAUCCAUUUAUAUGAAUCGUUUUUCUUUUGUCUAACUCAUAACCGGAAACGAGGGCAAGUGUUCAAAAUCAUUUUUGGUGAAUCCUUAAGACAGCCGACUCUCAGUAGUGUAUGAUUAAUAUCAUUAGUUAUGUACACACUAUCCAACUGUUCAAUUCAAAUAUCCUAACUUAUACACUUU